CAACAUGGGUCAUGUACAGUAACAUGGCUCACUCGCAUGGCCCCGUCGCCGCACACUACAGGGAUAUUGUAAUAUCCUCAUUCGCUCCCCGUCUUGUAACCUUGCGUACCCACUUCCCUUGAUAUCCGCAACGUGAAGCUCCCUACUCAACUUCUUGCAAGGUUCCAGACUGAUUACAUGGCCCCAUCCACAAGCCAAUGGGAAUGCUGGGCGUAUGAUCGGUGGCAGCUGAAAGAGCCUCCAAGAAGUGAACUACCUACCCCUGUUACGGUCAAAGACCAUACUACUUUCUUUACAGUCAACUACUGUCAUGAUGGCUAUGCUAAUUCUCUUCGACUACCCCAUCUUAGCAGCACCCGGCUGACUGUGCACCCAUCCCGACGCAUGGGUCUUCGUUGCCUGACGGACCUGCAGAUACUCGACAAUAUGCCUACUGUAUGUGACCCACACUAUUUUGUGCUUCCUGCGUCGUCUUCACUCCUUCCGCUAUAUAUGCCAGCUCCUCGCUCAUCAUGUCAUAGUACCCUCCCAUCAAUCUCAUCCACUUCACUCUGCAAUCUGUUUACUGCUUUGCAUUAUCGGCGUUCAAGCUUCAUCAACACGUUUCCACUCCAGUCCGCUAUUCUCCUGCCUCAAAUCUGCCAUUAUCCAGUCAACAUUCGUCAAAAUGUGCUAUCAGGUUGUCGAACGCUACUCGGUCUGCCGCUGCUUAUACCAUAAGCACGCUGUCGAUCCAUGUGCUGCUCAUGGCCAGCGCGGGCACAUGGUUCAAGAGAAGACAGUCCUUGUAGGCUACGCCUGUAGUCGUCAUAGCAGCCACCGACCUGAAUUUGCCUACACUGGUGUGCUACCAGACUCCGGCUACGAGAGCGGCGUGUACCCGCCGUCAUCGCUACGAUGAAUGCCCGACGAUAUCAUCAUCACACGUUUGCACGGCAAUGAGCGAAUGGCUUUGGGCUUCCUCUAUACCUCCAGGGUUCCUUUCAUCACACACAAC